UUUAUUAUGUAUCAUGUCAUGGCUGGCGAAGCUUGAUUUCUUUUCUUACAAAAGUGAGCUUGGUUUUCUUUGAAUGCGGUGAUCACCGUCAGUUUAACUUUUAUUUACAAUUUAGACAAGCUAACUUGUAGGCACUUUAUGUUUGUUAUACAUCGUAUAUGUGUUGUUGGACAUUCAUUAAAAUGAUACUAAUGUAAUAGAGAAAGGAAUACAUCAAACAAAAUGAACGACGGCGACUGGAUUUGCCCUGAUGCGAAUUGCGGAAAUAUUAAUUUUGCCCGACGGGUUUCAUGUUACCGCUGUAAUAAAGAGCGACCGGACAGUGGUAAACCUUUUAAAAAGAAGCUUGGCACAGAAAUUGGCAAGUCGGCAGCCGAGAAGUCUCGUGGUUUAUUCAACGCAGAUGACUGGCAAUGCAAUAAAUGUGCUAACGUUAAUUGGGCCCGGCGUCAGACCUGCAAUGUUUGUAACGCACCGAAAUUCGGUGAAGUGGAAGCUCGCACUGGAUAUGGUGGAGGAUACAAUGAGAGAGGCGUAGUGGAGUACCGCAGGCGAGAACCCUCUUCAGAUGACGAAUAUGAUGAGUUUGGAAGAAAGAAACGCAAGCGCAAACCUGAAACACAUGAUAAGGUUGGCAUCACUGAAGGGGCAGCAUUCAAAAAAAUGCCACCAACAAUACUGCAGAAGGAAACUAAGUUGGAUCUUGCAAUGCCUGUGCCAGCAACAAAAGUGUCAUAUGUUAAUAAAGAGCAAGCCCAUGUUAAUGGCAGUCUUAGUGAUGGAUCUGUCUGUGAAGUGCCUCCACUCACUAAAACAGCAUUUAGGAGGAACCAACUUCAAUCACAAACAAACUAUAAUAGACAGGACCACAUGUUGCCCACUUUCAAAACAAAUGGUGUCAGAUACCGAAAGCGGUUUAUUAGUACAGGCGAUAGAGAACAUAGUGUCUCCUCAGGUUAUGAAGUAGUACCAAAGAAGUCUAAACUAGGGACAGAGGUUUCCACAGUCAAAUCAUACAAUCCAGUUAUGGAGAAUAGAGUAUCUUCAACCAAUAAUGAAGUGAUUUAUAAGUUUACUGGAUCCACUCCUGCAGAAGAUUUUCAAGUUACAUAUACUUUGGAAGAAAGAGUGAAAGCAGCAGCUUUUGCUAUUGUAUAUAAUAAUUGCAAAAUUAGUACUGAUAGAUUUGAAUCUCUUUUUGAUAAACCAGCACCUGAUUUUAAAACUAUUUUUGCAUGGAGACAACGCCUUUUGUCAACCGGUUGUUUAGUUGAUAGCCAUUUAGAACUCAAGAAAGAUACUUUUGAGAAACCACAGGCUACGGCUGUGACUUCUAACAAUACUUCUGUUUUAGAAAACAAAAAUAUUAAAAGACUUCCUAAUCCUGAUGAAAUCCCUAUUAUAUCUGAUAGUGAUAAUGAUUGUGAUAAAAAAUCACCAGUACCUCCAAAAGCUUUACCAUCCUUGAGCCACAGGAGUAUGAGUGUUGAAACAUUAUUAAUUGGUGGGAUGGACAAUGAAACUAAUGUAGCAGGUGGUUCUAGUGCUGGAGAGGGCAGAACCUCACAAGCUAGGAGUCAGUCACGUUCAACACAUCACCAGACCCGUUCUAGUUCAUGUGAUAGCCGAGAUUCUAAUUAUUCUGAUACAGAUUUAGAACCAGGUAGUAAAAGAGCAAGGUCUAAACCAAUAAAAUCCAUGAACAACUCUAAUCAUCUUUCAGGUACUUCAAACAGACAAUCUAAUCGGGAUUCAGAUUCAGAGUCUAUAUCAUAUAAUAGUGAUGAAGAUAAUUUCUUAUCGAGAGUUUAUCAAGGUGGCAGGAAAUUAAGACGAAAAACAAAGAGAUCAUCCAUUCCCACAACCAAAGUUGUAAAUAAUGUAUCUGAAACACCUUCAUUUAUAGGAUAUAAUACGGCAAAACAAUUGGAAAAGUCUCCAUUAGUAACUGGUAAUAUUUAUAUGUCUAACUUGCGUAACAUGGGAGUUAAAAAUCAUGAAAGUAUAACAGUAGACAUUGAUGGCUGCUCAAAUGAGUAUGUUCCUACGAAACUAGGAUCAACAACAAAGAAUUAUCAAGAAUUCAAAAAUAAUGUAAAGAGAAAAGGUUUUUGGGCUAAAGGAAAUGGAACCACUAUGGUUAAAAAUAAACAACAUGUUACAAAUGUUUCCAAAACAAGAACACUCGAAGAAUUUUCUAACAAUGCUUAUAUGAUAUCUCCACAUGGUUAUGUUACUCAGCAGCUAAUGCAGCAACCAAUACAGCCAUUAGUACAGAAACCAAUAAAUGAAUUUGCACAGAAUCCAGUACAGCUAUCAGUACUGCAAUCAAUAGAACAAUUGCCAAAGCAACCACUAAUACCAAAUAAAAGCGAAGAUUUUACUAAAGAUGAAUUCGAUCAAUUUACAAAUGUUGAUAAUUUUCUGCCAUUUGAUAAACCCAGUCCAUUACCUAUAUCAACUCCACAAAUGUUUAAUAAUGUAGAGAAAUCAGUGGGGAAUUCAUCAUGUAUAUUUGACAUAGUACAGUCUCAGUCUACAACAAAAAAUAGAAGUAUAAUGGAUAUAUUUGGAAAUAAUGAUGGAAAUGAAAACAGUACAGAGUCAAAGGAAUUAGAAAAAUUGGAUAGUGUCCCGAAAAUUUAUGAAACUGAGUGGGACGAUGAUGACGAUGCUCUCUACAAAGAAUCUACUACACCUGACAAAAAACGCACACCAUCCCCGCCAAGUAUUGGAUCACUUAGAGUUCAAAGUCCUAUGUCUAGUAUAUUAUAUGCUUCAGAUAUUGAGACACCAAAGAAAAGUAAGGAUAUACCAAAUGCAACUAUGGACAUUAUUAGGGAGAAACAUGACAUAUUGUUAGGUUUGUUAAAAGAACUCAAACCUAACAAAGAAAAAGAAACAAAUGCACAUUCCUCUAAUCACAUAGAAAUGCAACAAGAGAGAAAUGAUACAGAUACUAGUGAUACAUAUCAUGCUAAAUCAGUAAUAAAUACAUCAUCAAAUCUUCUGUUAACUAAACCUGAUACAAUCCCACAAGAGAUAACUAAUGAGAUUAUUUCUAUUCCGGAAGAAUCAUUUAAUGGACGAGUGUCUGCUGCAACCUUACCUCAUGAAAAUGCGACAAAAAAUAUAAGUCCAUCAAAGCGCGUUCAAAUUUUAGAAUCGGUUACUAUAUAUCCAGGCGGAAGUCGAAAGUCGUCAGUAUCACAUGAAUUGAGCAAUAUCACCAUUAAUCAUCAGGAAUCUGAUGUUCAGAUUUUACAAUCUAAUCCUUCAUUACAACAUGAAAGUGAUGUAGAGGAAGUAACAGUACAGACUUCACCAGCCCAACCAGCACCAUCAGUGGAUUUAAACAACUUACUGUCAGGGAUUAACACAAAUACACUUCUACUAGCUCUUCAGAAUUUGCAACAAUUAACGCAACAAUCAACAAAUAAUACUAACAAUUUAAAUGAUUCAGAUGACGUUAUACAAAUUAAUGAUAGUGAUAAAAAUGAAGAAGUAGAACCUAUAAAUAUUACAAAUGACGAGGAGUGGGAAAAGGAGACAAAUCGCGGCGGUAGUAUAGAGAGAGAAUUAGAAAAGUUGGAUGGAGUUCCUAGUGACACACCUUUUUUAAGUGAUAUUUUUGAUCCUGGUCCAGUGGUUAUACCACAGAACGUCGCAAGAAAAUUAAAUCUAAAUCUCAUAUCUGCAGAUGACAGUAAAGCCGAAAACAAGGCCAAUCUAAAUCAAAACGCUCCAGUAAUUGGAAAUUUCAAAAGUUUUGCAUUGCCAAAACCUAUAAUGUUGAAUAGGCUUAAAUUAACUGUGAAAACUGCAGACAAAAAUGUAAAAAAGACAACAAAUGGAAAAAAAGUAAAGAGAAGGAGAAAGAACAAAGCUUCUGGUUCCCAAGGUGAAGAUGAUGGUGAAGAGGAAGAAGAUGAGGAAUCUGGUGAUGAUGCUGAUCUUUCUAAAUAUGAUUUAUGGGGAAGUGAUGAAGAACAAGGAAAUUCUUCAAAAGCUGAAAAUACAGAUAAGACCAAAAGCGGAGAAACAUCGAAGGGGGAAGGCUCAGAAACGGCAGAUAAGAAUGGUAAUUCAGCUUCUCCAGAAACGAAAAAUAGUAAGAGAAGGUCUAGGAGCUCGUCGUCAUCAUCCAGUUCCUCCUCCAGCUCUACUUCUAGUCACAGCUCAUCACAGGCUCCUAAAAAUAAAUUCGAUGAUUUCAACCUGAAUAGUGAGCGCGAAUAUUCGCCGAAGGGACGCAAAUCGCGGUCGCGUUCGCCUCGAUCGCGUUCCAGUAAUGCACCAGUAAGACGCAAGUCGCGCGACAGCCGCUCAGCCGGCGAAUCCAGGUCAUCCCGCGAUAAAGAGAGGUCACGUGAUCGCGAGCGACGCGACAAGUCGCGGGGAAGUCGCGACGACCGCAAGGAGAGACGCUACAGCCGUGAAGGGAAUACGUACCCCGCGCGUGGACGCCACCGCUGAACGUAACAAUAUUGAUAAACUUAAUAAGAAUCGUAAUGUAAAUAGAUUUGAUUACGGCACUGUGCAUUAUAAUUUAUGUGAAUUUUUAUCUUAGAUGUCGUUUACUAUAUAAGCGGAAUAAGAUCUAGGAAUCUUAAUAAAUGGUGUCUAAAGUAUCUACCAAUUUGUGACAAAAGUUUCUAAAGAUUUUGUUUAAAUAAAUUAUGUAUCAAUCCUAUGAGAACUGUUGGAUCAAAAGGCGUUAAUAUUGCUUAUUAACGGGACAGUUCAAUAGUUAAAAUGUUUUAUCUUUGGAUGUCAUUGAUGGAAUUGUGAUGAUUAAUCAUUAAAAAUGGCAACGUCAUGAUUUCUUAUCAAGUUUUUAUAAUGUUCAUAUUAUGUACCUAUUGUUUUAAUAGUACAUUAUUUAGUCAUGCUAAAAUUGGGUGCAGUGUGUUCUUUAGAGAUUGUUUUUUUUUGUUGUAACCGUCGCCGUUGUAACGCUGAGAACAGCGUCAUGCACUACACAGAUUACACUGUGCCUCAUUUGUUACCAUUUCUCAAGACUGGGGUAUUAUUAUGUCUGUAUUUCAGUAAUUUCAUUGCUAAUACUCACUGAAACACGAGUAGAACAAGCAAAUACAAAUUCUUUCUCUGUAUGUAAAUAAUAAUGACAGAGUAUUGCAGUGUUGCCAUUUUUAAGAUAAUGAUUUAUUGGUAGGAGUUCUUUUUAUCACGUGAUA